UCUGAGUUAGCCGCUCCGUCUCCUCCGCUAGCAUUAGCAUUAGCAUUAGCCUGCCGCUGGUAGCAGCCCGGGCGAACAUGGCCAUGUCGCAGGCUCUGUCGGAGGAGGAGUUCCACCGGAUGCAGGCUCAGCUGUUGGAGCUGCGGACUCAGAACUAUCAGCUGUCUGAUGAUCUCAGGAAGAACACGACAGAGCUGAACGCCGUCCGUCAGAAGAAUGUGGUUCUGGAAAGAGAUUUUGUCAAAGCACAGAAGGCUCUGAAUAAGAGCAAGAAAGCUCAGGAGGUGGAAGCUCUGCUGAGCGAGAACGAGAUGCUUCAAGGGAAACUUCACAGUCAGGAGGAAGACUUCAGGCUCCAGAACAGCACUUUGAUGACAGAACUGUCCAAGCUGUGUACACAGAUCGAGGAGCUGGAACAGGAGAACCAGGAGCUGAAGGAGGGAGGAGGAGCCUCUGCAAACACUGCCCCUCCAAACCCCGCCUCCUGUCCUGUUGAUGGAGAACUCCUCCGCCUCCAGGCCGAGAACUCCACCCUCCAGAAGAAAAUGAAAGCCCUCCAAGAGCGCUAUGACAAAGAGCUUCCACAGAGACGGGGCAGCCAAAGCGUUUCCUCAGAGACGGAGUCAGCCGGAGCCAACAGUGUCUCUGAUGUCACAGCGAGAGGGGAGGAGCCAGGAGCAGAGGGAACCAAUGAUAGACUGGAACAGUCAGAGGCUCAGCUGCAACAAACAGAGAAACAGAUCCAUGGCCUGUCAGAGAAGAGCGUAGAGAAGAUUGUAGCUAAGCAGGCAGCGAUAGGCUGGUCGGCUGCUCUCUGUCCAAUAACUCACUGCUUUGGACCAGAGCUGGAGAUGGCACUGAACACCGAGCAGGAGGAGAAGAGGCUGCUGAGGGAGCAGAUCCACCAGGUGGAGGCAUCCAAACAGACUGAAAUCACCAAACUGCAGGAAGAGAUUGCAAAGCUCUCUGACAAGUUGAAGAAGAAGCAGGAGAGUUUUCAGCGUCUGCAGGGGGAGAAGGAAGCUCUGUACAACGACAGCAGGACAAAGAUCGAUGAGAUCAACCAGAGGAAAGAAGAGGAUCUGAAGACUCUAAACGUCCGCAUCCAGAAACUGCAGUCAGAUGUCAUGGCAGCCAAUCAGAUCUCCACGGAGCUCAGAGAGCAGCUGCAGAGCAAAGAGAGGGAGCAUGAAGUGGCCGUGCACACUCUGAGAGACCAGGUAGCCAAUCAGAGUGCAGUCAGUCAGGAGCAGGUGGACAACAUCCUGCAAGAGAACGAUGCUCUGAGGACAAACCUUGCAGCUCUAGAACAGAUCCAGACGGUGAAAACGCAGGAGAUGAAUCUGAUGCGUGAGCAGCAGGAGGCGCUGACGAGCGAGCUGCAGCAAAGACGUGUUGAACAGGAGAGCAUGUUAGCUCAGAGAGACGACCUGGACUCCCAGUUGCAGGAGUCGAGUUUUGCAAACAGGAAGUUGUUGGAGCAGUUAACAGAAGAAGGACAAGAGAAGGAUAAACUGCUGAGAGACCUGGACGAGGCCAAGAAGACGGCAGAGAAGAGGAAGUCCAUGUUGGAUGACAUGGCCAUUCAGCUAGUCCAGGAGAAGUCCGACCACAAGGAGGCGCUGUCAGACCUCAAACUGCAGCACGAGAAGGAGGUCCUGGGGGUGAGGGCUCGGUAUGAGAAGGAGCUCAGAGGACUCCACGAAGAUAAGAAUCGCUCCGAGGAGGAGAUCAGACAACAGCUGAGAGAUGAGAAGGCUCGUACCAAAGAGCUGGAGGGGCUUCAGCCGAAGGUGGAGGAGCUGCAGGCUCAGGUUCAGUCCAUGGAGGGAACCAAAGGAUGGUUCGAGAGACGACUCAAGGAGGCGGAGGAGAACAUAGAAAAGAACUCGCUUGAACAUCAGGAGGAGAUCAAACAGCUGCAGAAAGAUCACACACUUCAGCUGGAGGAGAAGCAGUCAGAGAUGGAGGGACUGAACCAGCAGCUGUUGGAGGUGGAGAAACAGAGGGAAGAACACGGCGACACCAUCGAAAAACUCAAACAGGAGAUUAAGGACACUGUGGACGGUCAGAGGAUCUUAGAGAAGAAGGGAAGUGCAGCGCUGAAGGAUUUGAAGCGGCAGCUGCAGCUGGAGAGGAAGCGAGCGGACAAACUGCAGGAGCGACUUCAGGAGAUUCUGACCAACAGCAAGACGAGGACAGGGCUGGAGGAGCUGGUCCUCUCAGAGAUCAACAGCCCCAGUCGGACUCAGCAGACAGGAGACUCGUCCUCCGUCUCCUCCUUCUCCUACAGGGACAUGAUGAAGGAGGCUCAGCCGACCAGUCAGAACAAGUCCGGAGGAGGAAGUCCUCAGUCUCAGCGUCCGGCGGAACUCUCUGACGACGAGGUGGGGGAGCUGUUCCAGCGUCUCGCUGAGGUUCAGCAGGUGAAGUGGAUGCUGGAGGAGAAGGUGAAACAUCUGGAGGUGAGCUGUUCGUCGAUGGCAGAGGACAUCUGCAGGAAGAGCGCCAUCAUAGAGACAUACGUGAUGGACAGCCGCAUAGAUGUGUCGGGCAGCGCCGUCGGAGGUCACGGAGGUCACGGAGGUCAUGGAGGUCACGGAGGUCAUGGCGGCCACGGAGGCUCCCUGGGAGAGAGAGGAGGUCUGGGUUCUGUCCUCAGGGACCUGGUGAAGCCGGGAGACGAGAACCUGAGGGAGAUGAACAAGAAGCUGCAGAACAUGUUGGAGGAGCAACUGACCAAGAACAUGCAUCUGCAGAAGGACCUGGAGGUUUUGUCCCAGGAAUUAGUCCGUCUCAGCAAAGAGACAGCUGGGUCGGGAUGAGACUAUCACCUGAGCCGACCCGUCCGUUCCCUUUCCUCUCACUACUGUUGCUCUUCAAGGUGUGGGCUGGGCUCAGACUAACACCUGGAACCAGCAUUUCUGUCUUUCCAAUUCGCGAGCCUGAGACCUGCUGUGGGCUGGGACUACGGUCUGGAGCGGUUAGGACAACACUUCAGUCUGUCUGCUGGGCUAUGACUAAAUGCUGGAAUAUGCUCGUGUUUCUUAAUGAGGAAAGACAACAGUAAGAAACUAAAGACACAGAGGGAAAGGAAACAUUGGGCUCAGCUCAUUUAUGUUGCUGUUGAAUGUACUGUAAUUAGACUGUACCACUAUGUUGUGUCCUGGCUAUAACCUGGAAACCACAUUGUAACUGUAUAUUUGACUGUAUAUUUUAGCUUUUGCUGGAUUGUAUGUCUGUUGGGUCCUGGCUAUGUCCUGGAACACACCAGCCUGAUAUCUCAACUGACUGCUUAUGGUUUUCAAUGUGCAGUAGCUCUGUUGUGAUCUGGCUAUUUCCUGGACUUCCUGUCUGCACCAAAAUAAUCUCUAUACUUUACUGGAAAGACCUGGGGUCAGUCUAUGCCCUGGGUCGACUAAGACUAUAUCUGAACUGGUUGGUUCCUCUUUCUGCCGCAUCUCACGAGCUUCAGCCGCAGAUUCUGUUUUCUCAGAUUCGUGACUACUCGGUUCUUAUCGUUACGACGUAAACUUUCAUGUGUGGAUCAUGUGAUCAUGAUGAAAUCAAUGGCAUCACUACUGAGCCCAGAUCAGCUGCAAGUGAAGAACAUGAGAUGAGGCUGAAAGAUCAAGUAAGAGAAGCUUGGAGUUCAGGUUUGGUUUUGCAUGUGACUAUGUCCUGGGCGUCAGUAAUGAACGCAGCUUACACACACUCCGAGUCGGGAACAUGACUCAGCUGAUUUGACCUGUUCUUCACUUUAACCACUGAAAGUGAUGCUGGCCAGUUGGUGUCUGAGAGCAGCUCUUCUUAGUGUUCGGCCGUUUCACUUCUCUUAGUUAUUACUCUUCUAACUGGGACGUAAAAUGUCUCCUGUCUGUUUAGAUACUUGGUUCAAAAUCUGUCAUGAAUUUAUAGAUUUAA